ACAGAGUGGGCCUUCGAUUCUUUUCUCUCGUGUUCUUUUCUCUCAUCCCUUUAGGGAUUCUAGUCUGUUGAAAACUUGCGGAAAAUCUGUGACUUUUCUUUUAUGAAGAAAAUAAAUUUUUGCGAUCGUCUCCCAGACUGACACCGCUAACUGCAAUCGCUUGAACUUAGAAGGAUUUGGUAGUAUUCCCAGGUUCAUUCUGGUAUUUGGUAUGUGUAUAGUGUGUUAUGUGUUUUAGAAAAUGAAGUGCACUGCAUGAUGAUUUGCGAUAAGUGCAGAGAAAAACUUUCGUAAAUCAACUCGCACGAAAGAAACAAUUUCAGUGUGGAAAUUCUUGAUGAAAAAAGAAUAAUGGAAGUGUUCUCAUUGCAUCAUUAAAAUGAAACAUUUCUUGAAGCUUAUUAUUUUGGUGCUCGUCGUUAUAGAAGAUAUACUGUGUGAAAACCAGUACUUCCGAGUUCGGCCAACCGAUCAGGAAAGUAAAGAAGGUGAUGAUGUAGAAUUUCAAUGCCAUAUUGGCAACAGAGGAGGAGAUGUGCAGUGGAGUAAAGAUGGUUUUCUUCUGGGCUUCGAUCCAAAAAUUCCUGGUUAUCCAAGGUAUUAUAUGGAUGUAAAUGAAGACGAAGGAAUUUAUAACUUGCAUAUUAAAAGCGUCAAUUUUCAAGACGAAGGAGAGUUUCAGUGCCAGGUUGGUCCAGCUAUGAACCAUACACCUAUUAGAGCAGCUGCUCAACUAAGGAUACUUAUACCACCUGACUACCUUACUGUCAAUGGACUUGGUCAAGCUUCCACCAUGGAAGUGAAGGAAAACGUAACAGUUCGCUUGACCUGCCAAGCUGUGGGAAGCAAACCAGCUGCUCAAUUAAAGUGGUAUAAAAACAAUGUUGAAAUACCAAAAGAUUCCGUCCACAACGAAGAGAAAGAAGGAAAAUCUCGCUUCAUAGCAUCUAGUUAUUUAACAAUUCGUCCCUUGGUUCAAGACGAUGGAGCAAAAUUUGCCUGCGAAGCUUUCCAUAAAGCACUCGACCAUAGGAUGAGAAAUGAAGUUACACUUAGUGUCUUACAUCCACCGGGUCCACCACGUAUUGAAGGUUACGAAGAAGGCAAUAUAGUGAAAGCUGGAGAGGCCUUAACUCUCUUGUGCAUUUCUGAAGGUGGCAAUCCUCCUCCUCAAUUGAUAUGGUACAGGAGCAACGUACAGAUAGAUUCUACCUAUUAUCAAAUUUUAGGAGAGACGGUUACAGCCAAUAAUCUCACUUUCAUCGUCAGUGCAGCUGACAAUACAGGAUCUUAUCACUGCAAAUCAUCUAAUGCAGCCACGAAAGAACCUCUCACGGCAUCCAUAAAGCUUAGCGUUUAUUAUCUUUCAAAUAAAUUGUGGAUUCAUGGACCAUCGGAAGCUCCAAGAGGGAGCACUGUGACUCUGAGUUGCGAAACAGAUGUUAGCAAUCCUAAGUCGGAGCUGUCCUGGACAGUCGAUGGGGAACCAGUCGAAACGGCGGAGGAAAACGUGCGGGAAACAACUGAUGGGUGGAUCACGACGAGCAACAUCACCAUCAUUCUCAACAGGCAGGAGCCGGAUAUGAAACUAUUUUCCUGCUAUGCGAAGAACCCGCAUGUGAGUGGUACAGCGUCGACAACGCACAAACUUCGGGUCGUGUAUCCACCCAAACCCCCGAUUAUAUUGGGUUAUGAUGCUGGAACUCCCCUACAAGUGGGUGAUAUGCAGAGGUUUAAUUGCGUAGCUGUGGGAGGAAAUCCCCCUGCCAUGCUGAACUGGUACAAAGGAGACAGAGAGAUCAGCACGCCUGUGAUCACAUCCGGCAGUAGUGUUUCCAGUGAAUUGGUGAUCCGCGUCCAGCUCACGGACAAUGGAGCCUUCUACCGUUGCGAGGCCAAUAACUCGGCAUUGAAGAAACCCCUCUCAGCCUUUGUUCGUCUUUCCGUACGGUUUCCACCAGCGAACGUAACUAUCACAGUUCAGCCGGCGGAUCCUAGAGUUGGAGAUAAUGUUACUCUGACGUGCACAUCUGCAAGCAGCAACCCGAUGUCCCGCAUAUCUUGGAAACGAAAUGGCGCUUUCGUCCGCGAUCACAGAGAAGAGACCCUGAGCUCGGUGUAUGGGGGCAUCUCCACAAGGAGCAGAAUAUCACUCUUAGUGACGUCAUCCGAUGACAAAUCACAAUUCACUUGCCUGGCCAAGAGCGAUGAGUUCAAGACAGCCGUCACAGACGGCCUCACUCUUCGCAUUAGACAUGCGCCAGUGUUCCUGCAACCGUCGCACACCGUGGAAGUGAACGAGCGCAGCUCGACGACAAUCAACAUGACAGCCGAAGCUUUUCCUGAACACAUUAUCUACGCGUGGAGUAGGAACGGUGUUCCGCUUGAUGGAGGAGACGUGCCACGCAGGAUAGUCGCUGAGGGACCCAUCUUGACGGUCCGAAAUGCGUCCAGGGCAGAUUCUGGCGCCUAUAGCUGUGUGGCAGAGAAUGAUGAAGGGCAGAGCAAAGCCACGGUGACACUAAACGUUCUGUACGGAGCUACUGUGGAAUCAGUGAUAAUCGCAUCACCUUCGGGACCUGUGUUCGAAGGAUCCGAGGCCACUUUGGAAUGCAAGGCUACGGCCCAUCCCGCCAAAACGGAAAUGAUAAAGUGGCGGAUAAAAGGAUUGCCACGGAAUGGGCGACCGACCCUCGAUAGCACGAAAUCGAUCCUCCACAUCUCGAACGUCUCCAGGGAUCUCAGAGGCCCCGUCGAAUGCUGGGCUGACAACGGGAUCGGAGGGCCUUCUGUCCUCUCUGUUCUCCUCAAUGUCCUCUACAAACCAAUGAUCAUCAAUAAUGGCGGAGAAUUAGACACAGAUCUUGUUCGUUUGAAGUGUGUUGUGGAUGCUACACCGAAUGUCACUGUUACCUGGACGUUCAACGGAACAGUGCUGAGAGUGCGAAGCGACAAGUAUGGUGUGACUCUCACACAAAAAGGGGACGUUCAGUUCACGUCCAUUCUUACUGUGAGUGAUAUCGAUUCAGCAGACUAUGGAAUAUAUACUUGCGUUGCCAAAAACUCUCUUGGAUAUGAUUCUGCGGAUAUUAUUUUAAAUGAUAAAGGUGUGAUUCCCGAUGUUGCGACUCCAUCUCUAUCCCCAAAGGACCGACAGAAUCGUUUCCACAUCCUCAAGUCCUGGUGGAUUCCUGCAGCAGUAGGAGCGGUGGCUUUGUUUCUCUUAUGCUGUGUUCUUUUUAUCUGCUGUUUGAGAAAACGAUCCAACAGAACUACUCCAGAGAGAUCACGUGAAACACGACACAUCGACAUCAGCAAUUUAACUGCAGAUGAAGUUUGCAAUAAACUGUUACUAUCUGGGGAUGUUAAAUCCAUAUUGUUCUGCGCAGAAAAACAGCACAUGCCACUACAUGAUUACAAGGGCCAUUCCGUGUUCACAAUUGAAGAUACUUACAAAAUCGAUAAACUUCGUACUAGACCACUGGAUAUUGAAGAAAAAGAGCAGGACAACAAAUCUAUAGAUGGUGUACUAAAAGAGACAUUCCUGGAAGAAAUUCACCCUCCCCUAGAUAAAACAAAGGACGAUUGUCCAGAUAUUUUAAGAAACGAGAAUUGUCUCUGUUUAACCACUUCAAAGGAUUCUGGAGAGCCUUGUACGUCUCCACAGUCUGAUAGUCCAGAGAGCCCCAGAUACAACUCCACGCCCUCCGGAUCAACAGGCUCAUGUCUCAGUGUAUACCACGAGAAAACAUCCAUUCGCUCGCUCGCAGGAGAUGCAGAGUCUGCGGCGGCUAUGGUGAAACUUCACCCAAUAAUGGUGCUCAGGAUAGAUGAAGAUGCUUACAAAUAUACAGAAUCAUGAUGCCGGUGCUUUUUGAUUAGAGACGAAAGCCAAUAUGGUAUCCGGAUUCGCAUCCAAUAUUGAUGUAUUUGUAAAAAAAAACCUUCUGACUCCCUCACAAAGUGCCUAACAUCCGUAGCUAUUAGAACACCCUGAAACCAAUUGUUCAUUCUUCAAACCAGAAAAUAAACUUGGAUUUUCUAUUUUUAUAUGCUCUGAUUCACGAUAUUACCGAGGUUUAGAAGGAGACACUCAAGGACGCUGUGAUUAAGCCUCAUUUGUUUAAUGAGCUUCUCUUGAAUGUGUUGAUAUAUACAUAUAGAGUCAUUUUGGCUGGUGCAUUCCUUCGAGACAAAAUACACCAUACAUGAGAUGUAUAGUACUGAAAUUGUAAAUA